CGCAAAGAUGAUGAACCUAGGCCGUAUUAAGAUGCCUCCAUUGAAAAAUGUUCUGGACGUGGCAAUGCAGACAGUAAGACAGCAGAUUCCCGAUAAGCCAGGACAAUCUUCACGGCCCCCUCAAAAUGUCAGAUUCGCAAACCUUGACACAGACAUGGGUGAAAGCUGCGAGCUAUCGACUAUGAACGAAACCACUUCACCUACUUACCAGUCGACGAACCCCACUAAUCCGUUUCUCAGCGGUGAACUGCAGGCUGAAGACUCCUUUACCAGCUAUCAGAACACUUACCCACAACAAGAUGGCGCACCAAGGACUCAAAGCAUGCAGAGUGUGGAUUUCUAUGCUUCGUCCGAAGAGGGGGGUUUUGAAGAGGGUGGUGGCAAGCCGGGUGCUAAGAUCAACGAGUAUCAAGCUGCCUGGAAUGUCACUAAUGCUAUCCAAGGAAUGUUUGUGGUGUCACUGCCUUUCGCGGUACUCCAAGGAGGCUACUGGGCCAUCGCUGCAAUGAUCGGCAUCGCACACAUCUGCUGCUACACCGGGAAAAUCUUAGUCGAAUGCCUCUAUGAAGACGAUCCUGUAUCAGGCCAACGCGUUAGAGUCCGGGAUUCCUACGUAUCGAUUGCUAAAGAGUGUUUCGGUAGAAAAUACGGUGCGAGAAUAGUUAAUAUAGCUCAAAUCAUCGAACUUCUCAUGACAUGUAUUCUUUAUGUCGUUGUCUGCGGUGAUUUGAUGAUUGGAACGUUCCCCGACGGUUCUAUAGAUACACGUUCUUGGAUGAUGUUGAUAGGUAUAUUUCUUCUUCCACUCGCCUUUUUGAAAUCUUUGAAAAGCGUCAGUAUGCUGUCGUUCUGGUGCACCAUGAGCCAUUUGAUUAUUAACGCGAUCGUAAUUGGAUACUGCAUCCUUAACAUCGGCGACUGGGGCUGGUCGAAGGUAAAAUGGAAUUUGGAUUUCGAGAAUUUCCCAAUCAGUUUGGGUGUAAUCGUUUUCUCGUAUACUUCUCAAAUAUUCUUACCCACUUUAGAAGGUAAUUUGGAGGAUCGUUCUAAAUUCGAAUGGAUGUUAAAUUGGUCGCAUAUCGCAGCUGCCGCUUUCAAAUCGAUCUUCGGAUAUUUAUGUUUUUUGACGUUCCAAAAUGAUACCCAGCAAGUGAUAACCAACAAUCUUCGUUCGGCUGGAUUUAAAGGACUCGUGAACUUUUUUCUUGUUAUAAAAGCCGUGCUUAGUUACCCUUUACCUUAUUAUGCUGCGUGUGAUUUGCUUGAACGAGCUCUGUUCCGGGGCAAACCUAAAACACUUUUUCCUACGAUUUACGCUUUGGACGGUGAGUUGAAAGUUUGGGGUCUAGCUUGGCGAUUAGGAGUGAUAAUAUUUACAGUUCUGAUGGCGAUUUUUAUUCCCCACUUCGCGAUAUUGAUGGGUUUCAUCGGCAGCUUUACGGGUACCAUGUUGAGUUUCAUAUGGCCUGCAUAUUUCCAUAUUAAAUUGAAGGGCAAUCAACUCGAAAGUACUACUAUCGCUUAUGAUUAUUUUAUAAUCUGUCUAGGUGUUCUCUUUGGUAUAAUUGGCAUGUACGAUUCCGGCUCUGCUCUCGUGAAAGCAUUCAAAAUAGGUUUGCCCUUCUAAUUUCAAAAGAGUUCGUAUAUCAAAUAGUUUUAGGUUGUUGAACUAUUAAUAGACGCCGCAUUUUUUUCCAA